AAAGGUGGUCCCACAAAAAACACAGUUUUAUGAAGCAAACUACCGAGCACUUCAAUCUGUUGUUUUGCCACCGCCUUUACCCGUGAAAUAAAGCCAUAAACUUGAUUCAAUUUACUCCGAAUGUUAUCAGAGACAGACGAUUGAGCAGUAUGCUAUGUUUAUUAUCAACUGGAUUCAACUUUGAAAAACCCGAAACAAAAAAAUGGAGAGAACAGCUGAGUCCUGUUGUGGAGUUUUGCUGUCGUAUGUAGCUAGCUAGCUAACUUGGAUAUAGCUAAGAAUUUCCACAUUUUCAUCAGUCCACUUCUGUGUGGAGAAGCUAUUUUCUGAGUGGCCUGCCACACUGAUUGCCAUUGAUAAAGUUGGUUCAGUGGGCCACUGCAGAAUUUUGUCAAGAGCAUUGGCUGUCUGCUGUGUCUUGAUGCUCUUCAGUGCCUGGUUGUUACAUGGGUGAUGAGGAUGUCCUGCUGGUCAGGAUUGUGAUGUGAUGGGGUGCAGGACGAGCAAGGUCCUCCCUGAGCCACCUGGAGAUGUCCAGCUAGACUUGGUCAAAAAGGUGGAGCCUCCUAAGACCGACAUCUACAAACAUUUCAUCCGAGACGACAGCAGUGGGAGUAAAAUGGGAGGGGAGAAAACAGGCUCUCUCUCCCCACAGGCCCAGGCAGCUUUCCCAGCUGCCCGGGCACCCCCGGAUACAGGCCAACCAGAGGCCUCAGACCCACGCAGAAACAAGGUAGCCAAGUACAGAGCCAAGUUUGACCCACGGGUCACAGCCAAAUAUGACAUUAAGGCCCUGAUAGGUCGCGGUAGCUUCAGCCGGGUGGUGCGAGUGGAGCACAAGAGCACGCGUCAGCCCUACGCCAUCAAGAUGAUCGAGACGCGCUAUAGAGAGGGACGUGAGGUAUGCGAGUCAGAGCUGUGUGUCCUGCGUCGUGUACGCCACACUAACAUCAUCCAGCUGAUGGAGGUGUUUGAGACAGCUGAGAGAGUGUACAUGGUGAUGGAGCUGGCUACAGGAGGAGAGCUUUUUGACCGUAUCAUCGCCCGUGGCUCUUUCACAGAGCGUGAUGCUACACGUGUCCUACAGAUGGUACUGGACGGGGUCAAGUAUCUACAUACACUUGGCAUCACCCACCGUGACCUCAAGCCUGAGAACCUGCUCUACUAUCACCCUGGGGCGGACUCAAAAAUUAUGAUCACUGACUUUGGGCUGGCCAGCACUCGUAAGAAGGGGGAUGAGUGCUUGAUGAAGACCACUUGUGGGACACCAGAGUACAUUGCCCCAGAGAUCCUGGUACGGAAGCCAUACACUAAUGCUGUAGACAUGUGGGCUCUGGGUGUCAUUUCCUACAUUCUGCUGAGUGGAACCAUGCCCUUUGAGGAUGACAACCGCAUGCGCCUCUACCGCCAGAUCCUCAAAGGGAAGUACAGCUUCUCUGGGGAGCCAUGGCCCAGUGUGUCCAACCUGGCGAAGGACUUCAUUGACCGUGUGCUGACAGUGGACCCCAGCGAGAGGUUGACUGCAGGCCAGGCUCUGAAGCACCCCUGGGUCGUCAGCAUGGCUGCUUCAUCCUCCAUGAAGAACCUGCAGCGCUCUAUCUCCCAGAACCUCCUGAAGAGAGCCUCGUCACGCUGCCACAGCACCAAGUCUGCCCAGUCCACACGCUCCAGCCGCUCCACCAAGUCCAACAAGGCUCGCCGUGCUCGGGAGAAAGAGCUGCGUGAGCUCAACCGCCGCUACCAACAACAAUACAAUGGCUGAGUAAUAGUUACAUGGGCUGAAAUUUUGACAAACUCGUAAUGUUGCGUGUCUCAUUGAGACCAAAAGCAGGGACUUAUCAGCAGCUGGCCCUAGAACAGCACUUCAGCUCAGCAAUAUCAUCCUAGGCCAUUGUGCCACUGAGGCAGUAAACAAAACAUCCUCAGAUUUCACUAUUUUUCCUAGAUUCCUAUUUUCUCAUGUUUCUUUCCUGUCCUUGUGUGUCUCUUCAUAUUUAUUUAUUGUUGUCUUGAUUAUAUUGUUUCCGUAAAAAUGGUCACUUGAAGCUGUCCAUCUAAACGGAUCUGUUGAACAGAAUUCAAGGUAAUGAAGGUUUAGGAAGGGAUGUUAAAAUGCUUUUCCAACACUGAUUCCUGAUUAUUUGCUGUGAAUUUAUUAUGUUACAAGAACAGUGAGUUACUUGCUUUGGUGGAGAUCUAUAUCUGAUUAUAUCUUGAUGUGGACAAAAAAUACAAUGAUACUUUGUGCUAAAACACAAGUAUGUCAAUGAAGGCCAAAAUAAACAUUUAUUUAUUUAAUUUUGGUUUAGAAGUCGUAUAUCCAAUCUUAUUGUAUCCCGACCAGUUGCUUUCAUGGAUUGCAAAUUAAGUCUCUUUCUUGCCAGGAUUCAGUUUUUAUAACCGGCCCAUUCAUGAUUUUUUCCCCCUAUUAAUUCUGGGAUUAUUUUUCAACUGUGAGCUUGAAAGGCUGAGGGAGGUUGACUGGAAACUAAAUAAGGACGUAUGAUCCAGCGCUUUUGCAUCGAUGUCAUCGUCACCUAGUCCUGUCUCUUCACUCUCCUGCUCCCGCUACACUGUCUGAGAUGAACAGCAUUGUUGUAAUGAAGUAUACACGUCAAGUGAUGUUUAAUGUGUAAUUUAACAAACUGAUGGUGAAUGGAUCAAAUAAAUGUCUAACUGAUG